CACCUCGAAAAUAAAGGCAUGCGUUUUGUAUCUAUAGUCUGAUAUAGGUUAAAAGAAAAAUAAUUUUAACAUGUCGUUUUUAAUAAAUCAAGUACGAAGUUAUUUAAACGAUGCAAGGUCAUUUUACAAAGCGUUAAAUGGUGUAUUUAUCAUUUAUAAACCUCCUGAUCGGUACUUCAAACAAAUAAGAGAUACAAUCGUUGAAAAGUUAUGCAGAGAUCUUAAUUGUAUGCCCGGACGACCAAUGAUGAAACAUGUAGCAAUAGAAGGUGAAACAAAUAAGGAUAUGCGAGUUAUUGUUCGAAAUAGUUAUGCAGAUCAUCCACUAGUUGUAGGACCUCGUUAUCAUAUAAAUGACUUUAGAAUAGCAGCUACAAAAAUUAUGAAACCAGACGUGUCUGGUGUUAUAGUAUGCGGAAUUAAUAGUGGUAACGGACUGAUAAAUAGAAUGAAACAAACCAAAUACCCAAGAUUUUAUAAGGUAAAGGGAGUGCUUGGUCAAGCAACAGACAGUUUGUUUCAUACUGGAAGGAUAGUUGAAAAAUCCACCUAUAAACACGUAAAACGUGGUCAUCUGGACAAAAUUUGCCGUUCAAUGCAAUCUUCUCAUCAAAGAAAAAUGUUUGAAUUAUGUGGAGUAGACAUGGAAAGUCAAGCUGCAUAUGAGUUAGCAAUCAAAGGUCCACUCAGACCUACAGAUCCUAAUGUUCCUAUGGUAUAUACAAUUAAAUGUGUAUACUUCUUACCUCCAGAUUUUACAUUAGAAAUUGUGUGUAUAAACGAAGAUGAUAUAUAUUUAAAAACCAUAAUUCAUGAAGUGGGAAUGAGACUUCACGCUACUGCUACUUGUACCCAAAUAAGUUGUGUUCAAGAUGGCAUAUUUAGUUUAAAAAAUGCAUUAUUACCAAAACAUUGGACUUUGAAAGAUAUUGUGGUAAAUAUUCAAAUAUGUCACAGGCUCAUUCAGGAAAAUGAACAAUUGUUAAGCCCGGAAAGUGCGACACUAAUAGAUUCCCUAGAUACAACAGAAAUACCUACUGAAGAACGAUCUACAGCAUAAUAGAUAUAUUUAUUUUUUAUAUUAUAAUGCUAUUUAUUUAGACAUAGUUACUAACUUGAUGUAUUAUAUCUGUUACUGUAUAAUAUUCAAUACAAAAGCCUAGGUGAGA